GAAUCCUAGAGUCGGAGUCCUAUCUUCCUCUGAAUUCUGAAGCUUUCCUCUCUGUGCUGCCUGCUCUACCACUGACCACCAUGAAGUUUUUGGUGUUCCUGGCACUGGUGGCAGUUUCCACCUUCCUGGUUUCUGGCCAGGAUACAACAGAAGUUCCUGCUGAUUCUUCUCCUGCCUCUGAUACAACCACUGUUGAUCCCACCACCACCUCUGCUGCCGCCACGGAGUCCACGGCUGCCGCCACAACCACGGCUGCCGCCACAUCCACGGCCGCUCCCACCACAACCUCCGCUGCCGCCACAUCCACGGCCGCUCCCACCACAACCUCCGCUGCCGCCACAUCCACGGCUGCUCCCACCACAUCCACUGCGGCUGCCACAACCACCACUGCUGCCAAGACCCCCACGUCCUAUGAACAGUGCCUCCUUUAUUUUCGUUUUAACCCAUGGCUUAGGUUCAUUUUCUGCUAAAAGUUAUCACUGAGAUGGAAUCAGCCUCAGCCUUCUAUAUCUGAUCCUACUGGAUUUGGCCAGAAUGCCCCUUGAUUUGUUUCACUGCUAGUACUUUCCAGCCCUGUCAUAUCGCUCUUAUCUCUAAUCAGUUUCUAUUCAUUCAAAUAAAAUGAUGAGUGACA